UAUCGUAAGCCUGGCGGGCUACCAGGCUUUAUUUCUGUCCCCACCAGGCUUGGCAUUGCUUCCUUUUCUAUUUUAUUUUUUUUUUUUUUAUAUUUGCAUUUUUUAAGACUUUAUAGUUGGUGUUCCGGUCUUUCAAUCUUUCAAUAAUGCAUAAUUAUCAAGUAAUAUUUUCAAAUUUCCUGUCAACUUGAAACAUUUUAUAACUCAAAAACACGACGCGCCGCUGGGUGAAUGACUGCUCUUGCGCCCAACCACUGGGCUUAGCAAGUUUUCGGGGGAAAACCUGCCAAGUCCACAACAGCAAAGAUUGACGUUGCAUCUCAUAUUUUAAAAGUAAAAUGACAUUUGCUGUAAAUCUUCAAACUUCCCAGAUUGUCACUGCUACAUAUAGACCAAUGUAAUGUAAUGUAACACCUUCCAGACAAGUGACCUUUUGUAUUUUUGUAGCCUGAUUUGUUGUAUUUUUUUGUGUCACACUAGAGUCCGGUUGGUGUUAUGCAAACAUUGAAGAACAUUUAUUUUGACACAAAUUAUAGGGGUCUAAUAAGCUGCUGGUUUAAGUAGUACUAAACAUUUUAAUCAAAUAAAAGCCCAUUUUUCAUACAUCAAAACUGUUGUCUGAAACUUUGAAUAUGAUCUUUUAGUCAGUUGGACAACAUGUUUUAAAUUGUCUUUUUUUUUAUUGGCUGUCUAAAAUGCCAUUGCUUUUAGGUUCCCCAAGUCUGCUUCUAAUGACUCCUUCCAGUGAAGCGCUUCUGAAAUAAAUAUUUCAAUGUUUACAUUGUAAGUAGUCUACGUUUGUGUAAAAUCAAUCCAAGAUUUUAUUUUGCCACCUUACACCACAAACUUAUAUUGUCAGUAAAUGUCACGUAUAUCUUUCAAAGUAGACAGAACAUGUAUUGAAUAAAUAGAGAAAAGAGAUAAAAAGCCAAGAAACCAGAUGAAACCAUUGCUGCUGCAGUGUGGCAAUCAGAUCAGCUGAGUUAAUGUUAAAUCCUGGAUUAUAAAAAAAAGAGAUUCCUCAUUACUGAAGUAUUGCAUAACCAGAGACAUGCUCCAAAAGGUUUACUGACUGCAAUAGUUCCAGAUAUUUUUUUUCCCAAUACUUCAAAAUACCCAUUUUUAUGGCAAAUGUGCACAAAACCUUAGUCAAUGUUCCCCUAAUGUAAAAAAGAAAACAACACAAUUCAGUAACUGUUAGAUUUUUCCUUCAAAUAACAAGUGCAUUUAAAAUUUAGAUGCAGCUGAAAAUCUCAUCCUCACACAAAAAAACUUUUAAUGAGAAAUACUACUUUUUCUUCUUCUUUUUUAAUUUGGCAUGUUUUGUAUUUCCAAUUUACGCUGUUAGGCUGUCAGUGGAAACACGCUGUCAGCUGCAUGUUGUUCGGGUGUGGCACUUUCACACAGUCAGGGGUGGAGAACAACAAACAGCCCUGCGCUGACUGGAGUUAAAUCUCUGCCUUCUUGAACAGAGUUGCACCUGUUUGGCCCUUUUGGGUCUCGUAAAUCACUCAGCUCUGUUACGUCAGACCACUAUGGGGCUGGGAGCCAGUAGCACUACCCACAAUGCAUCUGCGGCAGCUUAAAGUGUGGGAAUUUGGUUAGUAUGGAAUUUUAAUCGCGGACAUAAAAACAAUUGACGGAGCAUCACGGCGAUGUAAUUCUGAUUCGGACCCUGUUUGGCUCUUCUAGUCAGAGAGGAAGGUCUUUCUGUCAUUUUCCUCCCAGGCUUCUCAGUGUGGUCCUGUUCACUGUGCGCCCUUUUUCAGGUGAUUUCAUUUUUCAGCCAUGGCCUUGCUCUCGUGCAGCUGUUCUGUCCCACCUGCUGCUCCAGCUGAGGACACCCGUCCUCCGACUGGAACUGGGACCUGAUCCGCACCGCGGUUCCCAGAGGCGGGAAGCAGCAGCUGCCCGACUGACCUCUGCUUUUCCGGCGUAGACGGAGGUCAGGAAUUGUUUUCCCUGCUACGUGGGUGAAGAGUAAGGAAGCGUCUUUCCAGAAGAUUUUGUAAAUAAUUCAUAAUAAUCUGAAAUGGGCCAGAAUUUGAAUAUUAAAUACUUUCUUUUCCCAUUUCUUCCCCCCCACCCCCAAGCAAUAAGGGGGUUUUUACGGUAAUUGUCAUUCCCCUGGACUUUUUAACCGUGCCGAUUAACUUCUACAAAUUUUUUCCAUUUCAGCUGAUCAGAGUUGGGGAAAAAGUGAGUGGAUACAUGAACGUGGUGGGUCUGACCCAGAAAAGCUGAGAGAGCUAAAGCAACUGAAAAAGCUGCCGAACUAACCCGAUAUGUUCAUCACACAAACUUCGACCUGGUUAUUCCACCAAAUAUUGAUUUCCAAACUUUUGCUGAGUUUAAAACAUUAGUUUAUAAAUGAAUAUCAACUUGUUUCCUCUGCAUUAUUUGAGGUCUGAAAGCGCUGCAUUUUUUUUUCGCUAUGUUGACCAUUUCUCAUUUUCUGCAGAUGAAAACAAAGUCUUUGCUUGGAAUUUCAGAGACACGCCGUCAGUAGUUCAUAAGACGCAAGAGCGACGUCCAUUUCACUCAAACACAUCCCGACAAAAAGGAAAAUCAGAGAAACGACACCAUCGGCGCGAGUCGUUUCCAACUUACAAAACCUGACAUGGUUUUCAGGGCAGGCUGCCAUGGAAAAAAACCCCAAAAACCCUGCAACUCAUUUGCUGCUAUGAGUAGACCUGGUCCACUGGUCUGGCAACAAAACCCACUUCUUCCCUGCGUGAGAUUGCACCAGGCUCAAAUGCCAAGUCGUCAGAAAAUGUCAACAAGACCACUAACUGUGAGCAAGCAGAACCUCUCUCUUCUCAGACAUCCAUCUGGUAAAAAACACCAAACUGUUAACAGUUUUCAAAAGUCUCCUUGAUUAAAUCAUGGCUUCUCCCAAACCUUUUGGUUCAAGCAACAUUUGAGAAUCCUUUCUAGUUUCCGAAAGUCAGGACGGGCAAGAACAUGUCCAAGUCUGUGGCAAUAAAUACAUAUAUUUUUUUUUACAAGCGCAGGUUUUGUGUAAUGAGCGCUCAAGUUGACUCAACAGCAGAGUUUAACGGUGAUUGCGGUCAGAUGGCCCCAUGCCUCCAUCUUUGUUUUCGUCUUUGCGGCUAUCGACUGCAACAACAAGUCGGCCCAAUUACCCAGCAAGCAGCACUCACGCUCAGCUGAGCUCGUUCUCAGAAGUGCGAAAAGCAGAAAGAGGGAACAACGUGUACACUCACGCAAAGCGUGCGCUAAACCUCCACAGUCACGCACGCCGUUAUCUCCAAUGGAGCGUCGCUGGAUUCGGCCGCGUGACGUUCCUGCGGUCCAGGAUCAGGUCACGAGGUCGAAACGAGGAGCUCGCGCUGCGUCAGUCAAACGAGGGCUCGGCGUUUUCACGCGUCGUUAGAAACAACGACGCUCUUUUUUUUUUUUUUUUUUUUUUACAUGAGAUGAUUUAUUGCUAACACGGCAUCAGAAAUCAUUAGGUGAUGACGUAUUGGUGAAAGCACGCGCCACGAUGACCAUUUUCCAGCUUGGACGAGUCUCGACAGACUCGACUGGGAAAAGGGAAUAAAACAGGCAGAGCCCAGUUCAAGCCACGUUUGCACUUUUCCGACCCUCGGGAUGUGCGGGGCUCUGCAAAAGUGACGGAGAAUUAUGUUUAGGAAAAAAUAAAUAAAAAUAAGGUGAGGCGUAGCCUAUAAAAGAAAGUGGGGAGGAUUAAAUGAGAUUAGGGUUAUAGGGUCCAACAAAAAAAAGAAGGAAUUGAUUUUGGUAUCCGAAAUCAAUUCGUCUGAAACAAAUGAGCAACCCCACCAUUUGCAAACCGCAAAAAUGAGUAAAUGUUACUGAGAAAAAGCCCAAAUUCAAAACACAACAGCAAAAGCCUGAAAAGAAUCGUCUAGAUUUCCAUCCAGUUCCCAUUUACUCCGAUGCCCUUAAAUAAAAUUCAGCUGAAUCAGAAUAUUGGGAAUUCAAUAAACUACAAGUCGUGUUUGUCCUGUUGAAAGCUUUGACGAUAACCUUUGAGCAUGUGUGAAACAUACUUUUUCAUUCUAAAAAUAUACAUUUUUUUAAUAGUCAGAUGUUAUCCAGUCAUGUUAAAUGUCACGUCUGCAUUUAACAUAGAAAAGUGCUGACUUUUCAGUCACAUUCCAAGGCAUUUAAUUGGUCUGUAAUGUCAAUAGUAGAAAUCUCCCUAAACAAAACACCUGACAAACUUGGCCAGAAGAAAAUAAAUCUGCGUAAAGACAACAAGCAGACCAUGGACGAUGCUUGAUCGGCCCACUUUUUACCCAAACUCUCCAAAGCUGCUUUUGAGUCGCAGGUUUCACCGGUCACGAGUCAGUGGAUGGAAGCUGGCGCAAUCUCGUCUGAGGAGACGUCACUUGCUCAAAUUUCUAAGAAAUUCUGAGCAGUGGUUUCCGCUUAAUCACUCGCCGUCCAUAUAAACCCUCUCGCAAACCGCGGCGGCUCCAUUCUCCAGGCGUUUCAUGGCUUUCCAUUUCUUCCCGACUGCCUGGAAGACAGGAGGGCAAAGACUCGUCCUCCUCAGUGGCGCCAUGUAUCUCCUGCUGGUUCCUCUGCUGCUAAUUCCAGUCCAAGUGCUCAAUCUUCCAGGGAAGGAAAGGCCAACGGCAAUGGGAUUCACGGAGGUGCUAAACCAGAGCCUCUGUCGACCGAUCGAGCAGCACGUGAACGUGAACGCGGAGUUCCCUGGCGGCGUGGAGGACUUCUACAUCCCUCACUGCGUCUCGCUGUUCCGCUGCUCCGGCUGCUGCAUCGACGAGGCUCGGGAGUGCUACCCCGUCGCCGAGCGCAACAUCACCCUGGAGGUGAGUCGCUCCAAUCAGGUCGUCAACCUCACCUUCGUGGAGCACCAGGAGUGCGGAGUGAGGCUGAAAGAGCAUCGAGACAAUGCAAGCGAGGAGGACUCUCUGAGGAGGAGGCGCAGGAGAAGGAGGCAGAGAAGGAGAAGAUGUGCAAAGUGCCAGUUUUCUGUCUCGAAGACGCAUCUUCCUUGAGGCAAACGUCAUUUGGGAUCAAUAUUUCCAUCCUCUGUACAUAGAUAACUUCCUGCAUUCAUCUCACCGGAGGCCAGUUCUUCUUCUGCAAGCUUCUCUUCAUUAUUUAUCAAAGAAAAAGGAUCAGCCUUUGAUCCUGGCUGCUGCUUGUUUCGGACCAAAGUCAACUCAGUCUUUCACAUCGAGAUAUUCUCACGUGCCGUUUGGACGAUGUAUGUAAAAUACAGAACACAGAAGAUGUUUAUUUAAGCUCUUUUUUUAUAUAUAUAUUAAUCAGUUGUUAACACAAAGACAAUGAAUGACGUACAAUCGGCAAGGCGUGUGUGUAUUAUUUUUUCAAAAGUUUUAUUUAAUUAAAUGAUGAGUUUGGUGAA